AUGAAUAUUAGUACAAAAAAGGAUAGCUUAACUAACUGUGCAAAACAAUUAAUAUUAAAUGAUUAUGUUUGGAAAUUAAUAAAUCUAACCUUAAAACUUCGAAAAACUUUGAUUGAAGCUGUGAAAUCAAGACAUCAAAAUCUUUUUAUAGUUGGAUUGUAUUGGUAUCAUGAUGUAAACAAUCUAGAAGAAGUUUACAAGAUUACUUCAAAACGUGUUUUUGAAAGGGGAGAACAUCAUCAAUCACGUAUACCAGAUAUUCCUGAAUAUGAACAUCUUAUGUGGUCAUUUCUACGAUCAUUUGAACCGCUUGAUUCCAACCAUGGGAUUGACGGUCAAUUUAAUCUUGUGAUAGAACUGAAAAUUGCCAUAAAUCUAUCCCCAAAAAUUAAAUAUUUAAUUUGUACAAUCUUAAAAUUUUGA